AUGAAUAAGCUGCUGAUGGAAGAAAAUGAUCGCCUUCAAAAACAGGUCUCACAGUUGGUUUACGAAAACGGUUACAUGCGCCAGCAACUCCACACUGUAAGCACGACCACUACCGAUACGAGUUGUGACUCAGUGGUAAUGAGUGGUCAGCAACAACAAAAGAACCCAACUCCUCAGCAUCCUCAGAGGGAUGCAAACAGCCCAGCUGGUCUUCUCGCGAUAGCUGAGGAGACCCUGGCAGAGUUCCUUGGAAAGGCUACUGGAACUGCUGUCGACUGGGUCCAGAUGAUUGGGAUGAAGCCUGGUCCGGAUUCUAUUGGCAUCGUUGCUGUUUCCCGCAAUUGUAGUGGGGUAGCGGCUCGAGCCUGUGGCCUUGUGAGUCUCGAACCCACAAAGGUUGCUGAAAUUCUCAAAGAUCGUCUUUCCUGGUUUCGUGACUGCCGUUGCCAUGACGUAGCGAGUGCAAUCCCCACCGGGAAUGGAGGGACUAUCGAGCUUGUUUAUAUGCAGGUAUAUGCACCAACAACACUGGCAUCUGCUCGAGACUUUUGGACAUUGAGAUAUAUCACAAGUCUUGAUGAUGGCAGUCUAGUGAUUUGCGAGAGGUCAUUAACUUCCUCCACGGGCGGGCCCACGGGGCCAGCUGUUACUUGCUUUAUGAGAGCCGAAAUGCUGCCGAGUGGUUUCCUCAUACGCCCUUGUGAUGGUGGUGGAUCCAUUAUCCACAUUGUCGAUCACAUAGAUUUUGAUUCUUGCAGUGUUCCAGAAGUUUUAAGGCCUCUGUAUGAAUCUUCCAAAAUCCUUGCGCAGAAGAUGACAAUGGCUGCUUUGCGCCACAUAAGACAAAUUGCUCAAGAAGUCAGUGGUGAGAUUCAGUACAGCGGGGGUCGCCAGCCAGCUGUCCUUCGGGCACUAAGUCAAAGACUCUGCAGAGGUUUUCACGAUGCUGUUAAUGGAUUUGUCGAUGACGGUUGGUCAAUAAUGGACAGUGAUGGAGUUGAGGAUGUGACCAUUGCCAUUAACUCUUCCCCGAGCAAAUUUCUCGGCUCACAAUAUAAUAAUUUGUCUAUGCUCCCAACUUUCGGUGGAGUUUUAUGCGCACGAGCAUCAAUGCUUCUUCAGAACGUGCCCCCGGCUUUACUCGUUCGUUUUUUGAGGGAGCACCGUUCUGAAUGGGCCGAUUAUGGGGUUGAUGUGUACUCAGCUGCCUCUCUUAAAGCUAGUCCUUAUGCUGUUCCUUGUACUAAACCCGGAGGAUUCCCGAGCAGCCAGGUCAUACUACCCCUUGCGCAAACUGUCGAGCAUGAAGAGUUCUUGGAGGUUGUUCGUUUGGAGGGCCAUGCAUUCUCCCCGGAAGACAUUGCUAUGUCGAGAGAUAUGUACUUAUUGCAGUUAUGCAGUGGGAUCGAUGAAACAAAUUCCAGUGCAUGUGCUCAGCUCGUUUUCGCACCGAUUGAUGAAUCCUUUGGUGAUGAUGCCCCUUUGUUGCCGUCUGGUUUUCGUGUUAUUCCAUUGGAACCUAAAUCAGAAAUUCCCACAACCAGCCGAACAUUGGACUUGGCAUCUUCCCUCGAUUUAGGGCACAGUGGAGCUCGCCCACCUGGCGAACCCGAUUCGACCAAUCAGAAUAUUAGGUCCGUUUUGACUAUUGCAUUUCAGUUCACUUUUGAGAAUCAUUACCGGGAUAGUGUGGCAGCUAUGGCCCGUCAGUAUGUACGGAGCAUUGUGGGCUCGGUCCAAAGAGUAGCCAUGGCCAUAGCUCCAUCUCCAUUGGGCUCCAAUUUGGUACCAAAGCCCGUUCCCGGUUCGCCUGAGGCAGUCACAUUGUCACGUUGGAUUUGUAGGAGCUAUAGCAUGCACACUGGAGCCGAGCUCUUUCAAGCUAAUUCACCGGAAGGCGACGAUGUUUUGAAACAACUUUGGCAACACUCGGAUGCUAUCAUGUGCUGCUCAGUCAAAAUGAAUGCAUCAGCUGUAUUUACAUUCGCAAACCAAGCUGGCCUUGACAUGCUCGAAACAACCCUGGUGGCCUUGCAAGACAUAAUGCUCGAGAAAAUACUCGAUGAAGCCGGCCGGAAAAUUCUCCUCUCAGAGUUCUCGAAAAUCAUGCAACAGGGUUUUGCUUAUCUGCCAGCAGGAGUGUGUGUUUCCAGCAUGGGGCGACCCGUGUCGUACGAGCAAGCCAUAGCAUGGAAGGUUCUAGAUGAUGAGGAAACCAAUCAUUGCUUGGCUUUCAUGUUCAUGAACUGGUCUUUUGUGUAA